AUGCAGAACGGGGAGGCUAUGUGCCCACAGGACUCCGAGGCAGCAGGGGCCAAAGCCAUGGAGGAACAGAAGGCCCAGAACCACAGCCAGAAUGAGGGGUGCGUGGAGCCCACAGCGCCUCCGCUUCCUCCUCCUUCACCACCACCACCGGGGCCACCGGAAUACCCGAGACCGAGGCUCAUCUUCCACACCCAGCUGGCUCAUGGGAGUCCCACAGGCCGCAUCCACGGAUUCACCAAUGUCAAGGAGCUGUAUACCAAGAUCGCAGAAGUGUUCAACAUCUCCCCCUCAGAGAUCCUGUUCUGCACCCUUAACUCUCAUAAAGUGGACAUGCAGAAACUAUUGGGGGGGCAGAUCGGCCUGGAAGACUUUAUCUUUGCUCACGUCAGAGGAGAAACCAAGGAGGUGGAGGUGACAAAGACAGAGGACGCAUUGGGCCUCACCAUCACAGACAAUGGAGCUGGAUACGCUUUCAUUAAGAGGAUAAAAGAAGGCAGUACUAUAGACCGUCUGAAGACUGUGUGCGUUGGUGACCACAUUGAGGCCAUUAAUGACCAGAGCAUUGUAGGGUGUCGACACUACGAGGUGGCUAAGAUGUUAAAAGAGCAACCCAGAGGCAUACCCUUCACUCUCCGCCUGGUCGGGCCCAAGAAGGCCUUUGACAUGAUUGGAAUGAGGACCAGAGCGCCAAAAUCUAACGAGGGCAAGAUGGUGAAUGGAAGGGAAACGUUACGUCUUCGCUCCAAGGGUGCUGCUACAGUUCAGGAAGUGCAGAAUGAGUUUGAAGAAUGGGCCACCAAGAAAGUGGACGACCUGCUGGAGAGUUACAUGGGCAUCAGAGAUCUGGAGCUGGCAACCACCAUUGUGGAAGCGGGCAAAGACAAGAAGAACCCUGAUGACUUUGCAGAGGCCUUGGACUCAGUUCUUGGAGAUUUUGCUUUCCCUGAUGUGUUUCUGUUUGAUGUAUGGGGGGCUAUUGGAGAUGUCAAGAAUGGCAGAAUCUAAACAUUUACUGUUUAGACAAAAGAGAGAAAGCCCUCUGUUCUCUGGUAGAUACAACUAGAAAAAAGGAAAGUAUAGAAGUUUCAAUAUUGCCUUCCCAGUCCAUGCAUUCAUUUUUUAAUCACUCAAUUUAAAACCAUGUUAGAGACUGCAAUUAAUUCAACCAAUUCCCUUUGAACAGUCAAAAGACAAUAAU